CUAAAACUAAAAUAGCUAUUGAUCUUGUUUGUAAAAAAUGCCACUGCAUGACGAGUGAAAGUGUAGUCCUUUCGACAAACCUGAAAAACCUGGAAUUCGGACCAGAAAUAUGUAGCGGGCUUUUCGGGUUAUAUUCCUCCUCUCCAGGGAUCCCCUCUAAUAAUUUCGUCGACCCCACAUGCUCUGCUUUAUCGUAAUUGCUCUCCCCGGUUAUUCUACUUCAAUUGUGGUGAUGACCAGAAGAACGACAACGAGGCGGCUGGGCUCUGAUUCGCUCAAUUAGCAACACAAAGAGGAAGACGAAAACUAAUUUAACAUUUACUAUGCUCAAACGACCAGGUUCGAUUUGGGUAGUUGCAGCACCGGAGAAAGGACUUUAGAUUCUUUUCCAUAGCAGUUGUUUGAGCCACCAUGGUAUUCCAACGCUUGUUGCCGCGCUCCGCUCGAUGGGCCUUCAUCACGGCUGCAACUGCAAGAAGUGUGCGCGAAUUCGAAAGACGUCCUUCGGAGCUCGGUGCUGACGAAACCGGGAAUCCCAACAGUGACAGUCGGGGUAGUCAACAGAAACUAGCUGAUGUUAUGGGAUCCAAACGAGCUUCCAGUACGGAGCUCACUGCUUCUGAAGAUAGAUCCGAUGGAUCGGCGCGAGCUGACUCGAGUUCUGCAGAGCAUGAAGUCGAAGGAAAAGUUAUGACAAUCAAUGAAUCUCAUUCACGGGUAGGUAAACUUAGAUAGUCAAGACUUCUUGGAGUGCAAUUCGAUCCUGUCUUAAUGUCAUUGUCGACUGUAGUAACUCUAAGACAUCACAAGAAUCCGACAACCGACUGGCAUCUUCCGCGGAAACUGUAGUUUUUUCGCUAAAUGCACAAGUCGCAUCGUCCUCGGCUCUGCAGGGCACAUCUUCGUCGACUUUAUUGCAGAAAGUCGAAGGUAGCGCUUACCGCUACUCCACCUCGGGCGAAAUAAGCGCAGCGCUUCGACAAUAUGCGGCGGCAUCACCCGAAAGGUUUUCUGUGGAGACUCUCAGCGACAGUGGCGUUUCUAUGGACGUCCUUCACUACACACCGCCGAAGGAGGUUGACAUAGGCAAAAAGGUAGCUCCAAAGCUCCAUAUUGUAUUCAUGUUAGAUUUUCAUAAACGAUAUUGCCGAUGAACAACGUAGGUACUUCUUUCUUGUCUUCAUCGUCUAUCUACUCCGAACAUGGAGAAACAAUCACGAAAAGCAUACCAAAUUAUCAUCCUCCAGGCUUUCCUGACCUUCGGGAUGCAUGCCCGCGAGCUUAUUUCGUCGGAGGUUGGUUUGCGUUUCGUGCAGGGCCUUGCAACUUCUACAUUGCCUUUGGGGUUUGAGCUUCGAGUGGUCGUGAAUGUGAACCCUACUGGACGAGACAGCGUCUUGCAAGCGGAGAAUGAGGGAGGACAUCGGUCUUAUGAUCACGGAGCCUGCGAGCGGGGAAAUGCAAUGAACCUUAUCGACCUCAAUCGAAAUUUCGGCGGGGCAGGAAACUUCGGGAGCUCCUCCGCUGAUAUAAAUCCCACUGGUGCUGCGGCAUUCUCAGAACCUGAAUCCAGAAUGCUGCGGAAGGUAAGCGGAAUUAGGGUUGUCGUUUUGCACAUACAACAAUAAGCGGGUAAACCUUAGAUAGUCAAAAAAGUUCCACAUGAGACGAAACAACCCCGAAAACAGGACAGUGCUGCAGUAUGCGUCUGGACGUCAUUUUUGGUUUGUGUGUGUGUGGAGUUGUCCUAUAUUUUGAUUGGAGGUGUAUUGGUAUGAUGUUGAAGUAUACUAUAGUCUGAGAAGGUAAAAAGGUCAAUUAAAUUAGAACGAUCACUCGAUACCCUGAUCCUGCCUAGUAGGCACGUGGGAUAAGAAAACUCCCCACGAUAAACGAACCUCUCGGCGGCCUAUGAACAUAGCCGAAAGGCGUGCAGAGAGCGCGGCGCCGUGCUAGUAAAACGUAGCACGAGAAGACUUCAUAGUUUAUAGCACUGCAAUUAGUCAAAAGACAAUUAGAAUUGCACGUCAGUUGGGGUCUGGGAUUCGUUUGUGGGGAGAAUUCAGCAGGAUAGGGGAUCAAGUGGACACGCCUGAAGGGGCGACUUCGUUGUUGUCCUCUAAGUCAGAUUCGACGCUGGAUGAAAUGUCCGGUAAGAAUGUAUGGGUAAGGGCGAUCUCUUCAGUGCGACGAGAGUCGCGGUAUCGCUGGAUCGCAGAACUGUUCCAGUGGCCAAGAGAUAAGAGCUCCUUGGCGUCGGGGUUCAUGGCCUCCAUAGUUUGGAGACAUCCGCGACGAAGGCUGUGCGUACCAGGGGAAGAGGUCGAGACGAUGCCGAUGCUCUUGAAGGCCUCUUUCAAGAAAUCGAGGGCCUGGCCGUAGGAGCAGGCCGGGAAGAGCGGCUCACCAGGCUGAUGCUGUUCCACGUAAGGGAAUAAGACAUGCACUGGGCAGAACUGUGCGAAAACGUCGUGCCCGCCGCAGAAGCAAGAGCGAGACACUAUGUCGCCUGCUUGAUGUUGUUUUCGUUUUGCGAAGAUGAUCUUGACGGAGUUGUCACUUGCCCUGAAGACUGCGCUAUGCACUCCGAGAGACCGAACUGAUUCGGGGGUGGCAGACUGAUGCUGCGCCGAGGAUAAGCCCGAGCGUAUUAGUGGUAGCGCUUCGUCCUGCAGUCUCAAAGUGAAGACGUACGAGAAUGCCAAGAGCAUUCGAAGCUGGUGCUGAUGCUUCUUUUGAGCGUGGUCCAGGAUGAGGAGUAAGUGUGGGCCCAGAAUGGCGCACGCUACUUUUCUCGUUGGUUGCGUUCUCUUCAGUCCGUUGAUGAGCGUAGUUAGCUCGAGCUCUUCGAAGCACGAAAAAGAGAAGGGGCAGUGGAUCAAUACAGACGCCUUCUUUAUCGCAGCCAGCCAUGCGUUUGCAGACUCGGCCGUAUUUGCCAGUCCUAAGAAUCGCUUGACCUCAAUGAAGACGAGAGGAAACUCCCUAAUUUUUCGGGUGGUGCAAUAUCGUUGGUAGCCCCUAAGGGAUGAGAUGUAGCCCUUUCGCGAAGAUGGGACUAGAGACUGGAUCUGUAGCGAGUGCGCCCUAUCGUCCAAGAUGGAGUUCUGUUCCUCCGUAGUUGCCUCGCUUAAAAGCUUGAGGCGUUUUGCAAGGGGGAGCCCCUUCGUAUCUGGGUGCGUCGCUUCCGGUUCCUCGGAAAGAAGACGGAUUGCUUCAUCGACUGACCAGCAUAGUAGAUUUUCCUCCCGCAGAGCAUCUGUGGGAUGAGGGGUGGAGAGAGGAGGGUGAGAAACAAGUUUCAAAACAUGUAACACCGCAAGCUUAAAAGCUUCGGAUUGAUGGCAAAAACUGCCACCAACUAAUUAGCGCGGAAAGCGCUAAGACGAUCGAUCGCCCGACCUCAAUUUAACCAAGAUUUAACAAGUGAAAUCGUAAUUAAAUUAGAACGAUCACUCGAUACCCUGAUCCUGCCUAGUAGGCACGUGGGAUAAGAAAACUCCCCACGAUAAACGAACCUCUCGGCGGCCUAUGAACAUAGCCGAAAGGCGUGCAGAGAGCGCGACGCCGUGCUAGUAAAACGUAGCACGAGAAGACUUCAUAGUUUAUAGCACUGCAAUUAGUCAAAAGACAAUUAGAAUUGCACGUCAGUUGGGGUCUGGGAGGUUUCCCAGUCGCCGAUGUCCUACUCCCAGAUGCCAACUGAGGUGACUACUUAAAAUAAGGCCCAAAUGAAGUACCUGCACGCUUUUCACGGGUUCGGUCUAUUUCGAUAGAUUGGAGCUCUUGUAAAGCGGUGCGGAGCCGUUUCGUGAGCGACAACUGCGUUGGUCGGAAGGACAAGAUGAACCGCUCGUCAAACCAAGCCAUGUUUUUGAACAUAUUGACUAUUUCCCGCCUCCUUCGGGGGACGGGAUCAUUGUCCGGAAGAGACAUACUAGCGGCGUUACUUAGCUUUAACGAGGUAUAGCGCUAGACUUUGCCUUUCUUUACUAUUCACCACCUUACGAGUGAGACGCUCGUCUUAUUGGGAAGUCUCAGGCGCUCGCUGGAGAGGAGACUGAAGUUAACCAAAGAAAAACUAACCGAGUGUGGGGACCGAUUAUAUGCAGACGCAUCGCCCUGUAAGGUGGAACACCUGAGCGCGCUGGCCUGGGAACCAGGCUGCGCAAAACGCUGGCCGCACAUUCCGCGCGAAUGAGGUGGCUUUUUUAUUUACGACCAGCUAUAGCGAGCGACUUCGAAGCCGCCCUUUGCUCCUCUAUUCUAUUCCUUCUGGAACUGGAAGUCUGAGCCAUGGAAACAGGCGGAAUUACGGCGGAAAGCCGUUUUGUCUUACUUACUUACUACUUCAGCACGAUGGAGAGCCGUUUUUUCUUACUUACUUACUCUUUAUUUUACUUACUACUUCAGCACUGAGAGGAGUCACUUCUUGGGUAACGUCUUUAAUUACAGUCCCAGCCUGGCGGCCCGCUGGAACGUUGUGUCUCACCUCCGACUUUGUUUGUUUCUUCUAGAGCGUUCCCACGAGCGCAGUAAGUUUUUCACUAGUCGUCGAUGUCAGUCAAUGUGAUGCUAGCUAGUACGCUCCUGACAAGAUAGAAGAGCUCCCGUGACCCCGAGGGCGUCCUACACCAUAAACGGCGCAGCUUGUCUGCUUCUGGCCGCAUUCUGAGCGACCUCCCGAAAGGUGUCCAUUGUGAAUGUCGGCGAGUCUGGACGGCGAGUAGGAGAAGCUCGGUGAAGAAUUACGCAGCCAAAGUCUUUACAUGUGUCAAAAGAGUCACGACUCGGACCGUCGGCGAUGUUGAGCUUGCUCGUAACGCGCUCAAACCAGAUCUCGAUGCCUAGAGAUAGCGCGAGGAUCCAUAUCAACAGGACAAGUUUUUGAACCUUGGGGUCGUCACUGUACCCGUUCUGUGUCGCGCACUGUGCGCUUUCGUUGUCGAUGAGAACGAGGUCUUUCCUGCCUUUAAUGCGCUCGGCGAAUAACGCAAGCGCGACAGCGACAGCUUCGGUCUCGUAAAUUUCAAUGAACAUAUCAGCCUCCAUGGCCCAAAAGGACGCGCAAGCCCGGAAAUCGCCGUCGAAGCAAACGACACCGAUACGCCCAGAACCCGCGGCGUCGGUGUACAAGACAACUGGCGGCAAGUCGUUGCCUUCGCCGGAUGAAGAUGGGAUAUCGUACCGAAAGCUUGGAAGGCAUUUGUGGUACCAUUCUAGUGCAGAACGAAGGCGGGGCCCCAACGCGCCGCCCUGGUGUUUCAUCUGGGCCCGGCCGUAAAUCGGAACGAGGAAGGCGCGGCCGAGUCUGCCGAAUGACGCCCUUGAGCAGAAUUGUAGAGUUCCUGCAAGCUUUUCCGCCUCGAGUGGGUGGAGUUUGCCUUUACUCAAGAAGUCACCAAUACGGCGCUGAACUUCUUGGGCCCUUACGGGGCAGAUUUCGACCGUAAUCCCCUUUGGGGUCGUGGAGUGGAACGUUCCGAGGAAUCUAAUACGGCUACCAAGUUCGUCUUUUUGCCGUUCAAAAGUGAUCUGGAGGAGGUCGGUGAAGAAUGUGUCCAUGUCUUCGGAUGCACGCUGAGCAUCCUGCGCGGGAACGACGCAGCCGAAGUCGUCGAAGUAAGACACGAUGGGGAGGCGGAGAAUGCGCCUACCCAGAGCAGUCGCCACCAACGCAUAAACGUUGAAGUUAAUUACCGCGGCCUCUUCACCAAACAGGAGGGCUUUCGCGACGGCCCCGAAGAGCCUCCCGCAAGUCGGAUUCUUCGCGAUUACCACCACGAAACUGUGGUAAGAUAAGAGCUGUCUAUAUGCAGACUUCAUGUCUUUCUUGAUAAAGGCGAGCUGCUGUGGUCCCGUUAACUUCUGCAGGAACAUGGUGACUGCGUUGAGGUGGUCGCCAUUCAUCAACUUGAUCGGCGUUCUGACGGCGCAGGCUUCAUUGAGCAUACUGUGUUUCGCGUUGUCGCACGGUCGUAGCUUCGUUUUGUAUGUGCCAGAGCUUCCAGAAUAGGACGACUGGGUCACAAUGAACCGCCUUAGCGGAAGGAAAUCCGUCGGCAAAUUCUUAACGUCUUCAGGAUCGUUGACACAGUAAGGGCCAGACAAAGAUCCAGACUCACACUCCGAAAGGAAGGACGACCAAAUGUGGUCUGUUUCUUCUUUCGAGUCGUAUCGUGCUUUAUUUUCAAUUUCGCGGAGGAGCUUGUGCUUGUUGUUGAUUAGAUCCGUAGCCGAUUGAACUGGGCGGGAGCGGUUGGCCCUCGGAAAGACUCCAACCUCGUCGAAAAUUCCAACGAUUGGGAAACCGAUCCGCAAGCGGUCGGCCAAGCGCGACCCGAAGAUGCCCGUGACCUUCAUCAUAUCCUCGAGCAAUGUAACCGCGACUUUUGAAAUCUGCGGCCUACCUGGUAGCCAGGUGUCGCGUGGGAGUGCGUCCUUCCUAUUUCGCCAGAAUUGUAAGACCAGGCGGCGCGCAUUCUGGCGCGCGGAGACGCUAUCAGCUGUGAAAACUGCCGCCUCUUGUAAGUCAAGGGGUAGCGGUUCAUGAGAAAUACGCGGAAAGCGAAACUGUUGUGCUAGGUUGACAUGUCCCCGAAUCGUAGAAGCGUGAAGAGACAUGUAGACUCCCUGCUGCGACAUCGCUAGGACAUGUGCAUCGGCUUGCUUUCUAGUAGGUUUUACUGCCGUGCUAUGUUGUAACUGUGCUAUUGCGGUCGAAGUAGUUGCGUUUCCCGCGACGGUGUCGCUUCCGUCGUCUUCUGUCCAAUCAGAAAUAUCCUCCUCAGCGAAAUCAUCACGAAGGACAACUCUACGCGAUGAGGUUCUACUUGGACCCGAGAAACAGGACAGAUCUGAUUCGCUGUGAAGAAACAUCGCAGCGGAAAAAGGGCGAAGGAAAUCGCUCCUGAUGUAUGACUUAUUAAAAGCCUGAAGCGCCAGCUGAUACUUGGCCGGGUUCGAUAUCCACUCGCUGACCCUAAGACGGGUACGCGUGAUCUCCACCGGCUCCGUGUUUGCUGGACUAAUAUACUCCGAGGGAGGUUCCCAAGGAUAGUUCUGCGAAGGUUCGGCCUGUUGUCUGUGGUGCUCUCCCGCUUCAAAGGAGGACGGGACCGAACUAGAAAAAGAAGCCGAAUCGGCUAGUUCCGAAGCUGGGUCGCCACUGUGUUCCUUUUCGCCCUCUCGUGAUGGUGUGGCGUGUUCUGGUGCGACGAGAGGGGAACGAACCUCAAGAGAGGACGUUCAGGACUGCUGCCCUGGUUCUUGUUCUCCUCGCCCGUUAGCUUCGGAAGAGAGUUGCCCCUUAUUCUGGAUCUGCUGCAACUGACGCUCAUUCAGGGCGCCACCCCCUUUAUUUCCCAUCGCUUUCCCCUUAGGAAUUCGCGGUGGUGUGUUGUCAUAGUUGACAGCUCCCGAGGGUUGAGUCUGACCCUUUCCUUUCGGUGGCUUUCCGCCCUUAGGCUGCUGCACCGUAAUCUUGCGACGCUUCGCUUCAUCGUCCGCGGCUUUGGCUUUGCGACGCCGAUCUUCUUUCAUGUUGAACAAGCUGAGAUACUCCCGAAAAUCAUCGCCGCGGAAAUCGCGAAUCUUGGCCAUGAUAUCAAAGUCGCCGUGACGACUUUCCUCGGACCAAUCCUGCCGAAUCUUCGCGUCGAAAGACGUGACGACCCGCGGCCCGAAGUGAUUGAUUGCGUCGAGGAUUGCAGUAGUGUAGAGGUGGAAUAUCGCGGUGAACUGAUUGUCUAUGGUAGGGUCCUCACUGGCGGCGGCCCAAGCGAUCAGCGCCUUCCCGUGAAGGAACAAGUACUGCGAGGGUGGAAGUUCAGUAUCCUUGUUCUUGGCGGUUGCGUCCGCUAGUAGCUGUUUCUCUGAGCGUUGGGCAUCCAUGCCCAUAGUGGCAGAAAUUUCCCGAAUGGUGUCGUUGAUUUCACUCUCGCCGAGCCCAAGCUUCAUGACCCAGUCACUCCUCUUGGGGUACCAAGGGCUGGACUUCAGGUCCGCGAAAGGAAAAGCGAAGCCCUUCUCGAUCUGGAAACGCAUGAAAUUGACUUGGUCCUGCGUUGGGAUGAGGUUGCUCUUGUCCGAGACGAUGCCGAGCACCGUCAGGCGCGGUGCGAGUUGCACGACUUUCUUCGGCUGUUUCGUUGUGAGGGAAGAGGCCCCCAUAGCGAUGCGCGUAAGGUCAUCGCGGUGUUUCCGUUCCUCUUCCUUCUCCUUGUUGCGCUGUGCGACUUGGAUAAGCUGCAAAGCAGAAAGGACAAUACCUACGGCCUUCGCCUCCUUAAGGUCGUUGCGGCUCUCGUUAGCGCGAGCUACGUCCUUGAAAGACGGUAGAGCAGUCUCCUCGAGGACUGCCGUGAUUUUCUCCUUGUCGGUGAGUUGUAAAACCACUUCGACCUCAUUCACCUCAAAGAGGGCUGUACCGAAUGCCUUACGUAGAUGGACGUCCCCGAUGGCGUCGGGGUUAUCAGUGCCGUCGGCUUUCUUGCGGUGCACAUGCUUACUCCACAAGGCAUGGGCACCGGGGCGGCCAGGGCCGUCCUUGAAUGCAGUGGCCCGGAAAGGGUCACCAUUCUCAGCGAAAAGCUGGAUUUGUUGAAGAGUCGAGAGACCUGCUGUGUCAGCCAUUUUUUUGGUUGCUUUUUCGGUUGCAAGGAUUGACGAAAUCAAUCACGAAGUUCGAUCUAGAUGAUCAAGCGAAAGCCUGUGUAUUCGGUCAGAGACUUGCGCACAUGUUCCGUGAAAGUAGCGUAGGUAUACCUAACUAUUUGGGGACAGGAUCGGCCUGGUCUUUACUAUUUGAGGACAAGCCCCACUUUUGAAAAUAACGACCGAAAACGAACCCCACUUUUUUCGGUCGACAGUUUUUGGAUCUCGACGUUGUGGACAGGAUCUACCUCACCUUUGAAAAUAACGACCGAAAAUGUACCCCACUUUUUCGGUCGACAAUUUUGGAUCUCGGCAAAUGAACGAAAGGAGCCAACUUUCACUUUUUCGGUCAAAGAACGACCAAUUAUUAAGGGUGAGCGUUGAGCGUGAUCUACUCACCGAAAAUGUACCCAACUUUUUUCGGUCACGAGCUUUUGGUAGACAAUUUGGGAUCUAUGGUGUGAUUGAGGUGUUUGGCUCUGAUUCGUCAGGUGAGUUUUCUGAAUUCGUUGACCGCUGUCGGAGAUUUAGUAGACCAUUUAGAACCGGCUAAAGCUGAUCUAUUUCGGAUCUUAUCUGUGAGGUGGGUUCUCAAUCGUCAAGUUUCAAAACAUGUAACACCGCAAGCUUAAAAGCUUCGGAUUGAUGGCAAAAACUGCCACCAACUAAUUAGCGCGGAAAGCGCUAAGACGAUCGAUCGCCCGACCUCAAUUUAACCAAGAUUUAACAAGUGAAAUCGUAACUAAUUGCUAAGAAUAGCUUCAUAACUAAGUUACUCUUGAAGGGUGUGGCUAAUUGAUUAUAAUCAGAGCGCUCUUAGUAAAAAUUCCUGACUUCAGCCACAUAAGGCCCUACCGGAGAAGAGGAGAGAGGUAGGCGCUCGCAAUGAGAUCGGAACGGCAUAGUUGGCCUUGCUUAUGGGUGCUAGCUCACCAAGGCCAACUUCCGAAAUCAUUCGUCAGGAACUAAUACUCAUCUAUCAUUAUGCUUAAUUUGUCUCCCGUCCUUGAGUCUAUGCGCUGGUGGUUUUCGUAGUCGUCCCUGCUUGUGUGCUAUAGUGUAAAAGUGCAACCUUUUAUAUAUAGUAGCUCCGCACACUCUACCCUGAAGUAUGUGCACCCAUGUAAGAAAUAGAAGUAAAGAGAUGGAGCUUCAUGUGGUUCGGCAAUAUUUAUUACUGAAGCCUUAACUGUUGGCCAUGUGCAGGAUCGUUCGGUUGCUCCACACUAUCUACUGUCUGUCAGAGAGUAAAAAUAUUGUUGUUGCGCCCUGUUAUCUUCAUGCCCCUUACCUAGAAGUAAAUAAACGGGUAAACCUUAGAUAGCUAGCUAGCCUUAAGGCUUGCUUACUGUCCAUGAGCAAGCUAUGGAAGGCCUUAAGUAGUUUCCUUUUGCACUUUGUAUCGCGUGAUUCUAUCCUGCCAGCCUGUCUUCAUUUCUGGCCAGAUCGUGCUAGCAUGCAAGCAGGCACACACUCAGUCAUUCACAUCCUUAUCAUGGUUCACCCUUUUGUUCAAGAUGUGGUGGUGGUAGUGGGGUUUGGGGUGAAGGUUUUGUUGAGUUUUGUAACAGUGGGGGGUUGAAGACCGACGAUGCUUUGAGAUGAACUUGAUGCAUUAGUCGACUAGGUAACCGAGGAAGCUGUUAAAUAGAAGACACUGGCACGAGACACUGGCACAUACAACAAUAACUAUAACACGCUGUUGCGCAGUUUGUUCUACAGCAGAGAGUUGAGUUUUGCCGUCAGCACGCUUAGUAUUUGCAAUUCCUUAGGGUUGGGUCUGCGAAUAUGAAAAACUACGACUUCUAUUUCUCAACUCUGCAUGGUAAGAUCAGGAUUCAAUUCAACAUAUCAGUCAACAAUUUGUCCCAGGCACUGGAAGGAUUCGACUACGACGCUUUCAUAGAUAGCCACACUGGUGAAUACAGCCUAGUUUUGCCCUGGGCACACAAGAAGGAGCUCCCGUCUGAGUAUUUUUCGAAGCUCAUUCCACUCGCUGAAUGGAUAUCAGGGCCAUCAGGAAAGGCAAUGGCCAUGAGCUACGGAGCCGUUCCUGUCCUGACGAGAGACGUCGUCGGCGGAAGCGGUCUCGACUUCGCGACUUCGUUGCUACACGAUAAGGGAAAGGUAUUCUAUUGUAUAAUUUUUGAGCACGAGCUUUUUUGGCUAUCAUAAAGGUAAAGAUAGAACCCACAAUAUUAGUAUUUCUAGUAUUACUUAGCAAUUUUUUUAAGGCCAAGCCUUCUCCUUAAGGAGGCCUCCUUAAGGAGCUUCCUUAAGCACAUUGCAUCCCUAGGAGAAAAAUUUCUAUCAAAUUAUAGAAAUCGAUUAUGGAGCUCCCUUAAGGGCAAAAGAUGACCCUUAAGGGAGCUCCUUAAGGGGGCCCUUUGACAAAAUUGGGUUAAUAUUAGACCCUUCCUCAAGGGCCACCUCUUAAGGGCCUCCACUUGCUAGCUCAGCCAUAGCUAGCAAGUUUGCUAGCAGAGCAAUGAUAUAGCUCGCUUGCUAGCUUAGCAGCAGCGAGCUAGCUUGCUAGGUUAACCGUAGCUAGCUGCUUAGCCACGGCUAGCCUGCUCGCCGCAGCUGCUUAUCCAUAGCUAGGGAGCUAGCUAGCGGCUUCGCCGUAGCUAGCCUGCUAGCUGCUUGACCCUCGCCAGCUUGCUAGCUGCUUAGCCUGGUCUAGCUUUCUAGCUGUUUAGCCAUAGCCAGCGCGCUAGCUGCGUAGCCAUUGCCAGCUUGCUAGGUUAGCCAUGUUACUUAGCCUGCAAGAGCGCCGGCUUGGCGCUAGCUCAGCCAUUGCCAGCUUGCUAGCCUAGCCAUGGCCACCCUGCUAGUUUAGCCCGGCAUAGAUAGCCUGUUAGCCUAGCCGUGACCAGCUUGCUACCUAGCAGCCUCGCCAAGGCUAACCUGCUAGCUUAGCCAUAGCCCCUCCAGGUCCAGCUUGUUAGCUUAGCAAUAGCUGGCCAGCUGGCUGAGCAAUCGCAAUGGCCGGCGUCCAUGCUGGUUCAUUCUAAGCCAGCCGCGCGUCGCUAGCUUGAUGACUUAGCGGCUUGCUUCGUUUGUCGUAUCUGUCUAGUUGCUAAGUGCUAACCUAUGCCCAGCGCAGCGGGCCCGUGAUGGGCCCGCUUUCUGGGCAUGUAUUCAUAUUGGUACCCCUGCUUGAACGUAGUUUUUGCAACAAAUCCAUAGUCCUCUAGGCAACGGUGGUGCCGCUUUUUCUGCAAACGUAGUCUCAGCCGUAACUAAGGGCUCCCUUCCUUAUUGUGCCAGGUCUUGUACACGAUGGCCUUCGAGAUGUAUGGACGGCAUCCAUGGGACAGUAACUCGAUAUAUUUCGACAUGUAUCGAGACGCUGAGUACCGCGCGGAGCAUGACGGCAAGGAUAUGAAAUUCUUUUCGACGCCAGGAUUCAAUGCGUGGAGCAGCGUCGAAGCACAGGCAUACAAGAGCCACUGCUUGUACAACAUGUUUACGCCGAUGUAUCAGGACGCAGCAGAGAGCGUCAUGGAAGCAUUUGCACCGCUUUAUGGUGAAGUCCUCAUGGAAAUUGCGCGCCGCGAGGGUUGGGCGAGAACUCAGGUUGAGAGCAUGAGUUCGGGAUCCGUAGUGCAUUCCGCCGCCAGGAAAGAGAAGAAAAAGGGGAAGGGGACGUCGAGGUCCUCCGGAGUAGUUGUCGAGGCACGCGAUGAUGAAGAUGAUGACGAGAGCUCCAGUGAGGAGCUGUUUGACUCGGAGAAAGGGGGGGCGCCGCAGCUGCUGAAACACAAGGGAGCCGAGCACUCUUCAUCAACAACUCCAGCAGCACAGACAACGCGCUUUUGUCUCUUUUUCGCGUUGCUGUGCUUGGCGCUUGGACUUCUUUGCCACUCGACAGGCCUUCUCGCCCCUAUCAUCUCGCGACUUCGAGUUUACUUGGCGCGCGCCGAGAACAGGCAGUUGAAGAUGCACCUGCAGCAAAUAGACCGACAAAUCGAUAGCAGCAUGCUGUCUCCAGGAAACGUCAAGGGCUCCGUGCUCGCCGCGGUGGCGGAAAACGGUUCGAAGCCGUCGCGAAGUCGGAAUGCAAACGACCACCCUGUCGGUGCUUCAUCACCUGGUCCGAAUUUCUCUUCUGGUCCGAGUCGUUAUCGCGAUCUCCUAGACUUCUCGGGAGACGCCGACGAGGAGGCUGCUACCUCGCUUUUGAGCAAGAGCUGGGAGGAUCAUGAGGAGGAUAGCUUUUUCUCGCAUCAUGAUACGAGGUUGAUCAACGCAGCAAAUGCUUAUUCCAUUUCCAGUGGCCACAUUAAUAAUCGUGGUGGAGGUGGUGGCCUGCCGAUUUACAAUGACUACUCUGCAACAGCAGCAGCGCAACAGACGUCACAGAACACACAUGCGAGCCAGCACCAACAACCCCAUCAUGUAUACCAGCACACACCGUACGACUACAGGAAUUUGUGAUUUUUGUACUCGCAGGAUUGUGCACGCCGCGGGGUGCCACAGAAGUUAUGCUACCGUAGUAUUCGAGGCAUCGUCAAGAGGCUCGGCUGAUAAUCGUUUUUUUGCGCGAUGUUUGUUGCGGUACACAGUGCCAACUGAUUGUCAUUACCGGCUAUAAAAAGACGCAUAGCCCAUUCCCGCUCGCCGUGAUUCGAGAGCACUAGCCUGAAUCGGAGGACCGCUUCCAGCUUGUUGGGGGACGCAAAGUCUUAUGGCAGCGUCUAGCUCUGUCGUUCAGCGAACGCUUCUUCUGGCAAGGGUGAGUCUCGUCGCUCGAAUAAGUGCAAGCGGUAACUGUUUAUGCUGAACAAAAGAUUCAACUGACACGUUAUAUUCGGGUGUUCGAUACCAAAAGAUCACUUUGUGCUAUUUCCAUAAUCGUGUAGUAGCUUAACACGAAGUUAUUGGGAGUCUAAGUCGUAGUUACCCAUUCAUAAUCACGAUUAAGUACGCGCUGCAAAGUACAUCUGAAUCACUUUUUUAGAUUAUAGUACCGGUGGUCAACAUGUUCUUCUUGGUGAUAUUUGUUAGCUCAGUGUCUUUUUGAUGGGCCACUGACUGUGCAUGAUGUUUUUGUUCUUGUGUGCAUGACGAUGAAGUUCACCUAAGUAUUUGUUAUUGUUUCUCUUCUAAUUAUAAUCAGUACCACGUCUGUUCUUUUCACCAAUUACUUACUUCCAGCAAACGAAUACACACACACAAUGACACAUUCAGUCUCAGCACGAUUUUGGAAUUAUUGAUUUUGCUAGAACUAGAUCUAGAUGUCAUUGUCACCAGCAUAAUUUCCACUCACAUACGAUUGACUAACAUCUAGUGUGAGGAAUAGAAAAAAGUGAUAUCAAGAUGAGCAACAAAUAGAUUGAUUAUUCUUUCGUUUCCUCCAAACAUUCUUCCCUGCUGCUUGCGCGUUGUGCAUAGAUGUAUUCAACAUAGUUAUCAGCAUUUUUCUAGUCACCCUCACCUCUACCGUCAUCCCUAAAUGUCGACUCGUUACAUUUCCAAGAAACGCAAUUGUUGUUGCAUUCCGGUGACAUGCAAUCACUUUUUGCACUUAUUUGACUGAGGAAGAAGCAUAGAUACGCUGAGUUGAGCGAUUGUGGAGCAGCUGACAAUGACACGAACGCCAAUAUGGGGCUAAUGUUUUUCUUUUGACUGAUCUUGAAAGUAGCGUGGAUUCGGCCUCACUCGUGCAGGCAGGACUGCUGUGACGUGGCGUUCAGCCCAGACGAAAGGUAUCCGUAGGGGCUUUUAGAGUAGUUGUUAAGGAGAUUAAGAACUCCCCCCUACGCCGGUAUCCACGCGGAAAAUAUGUAGGUAGGUUCUUUACGGAACUCGCUUGC